AUGAUCGAUGUCCUAUUUAAGAACGAAUUUCACGCUCUACCAGGUAUACCAAAAUUGCGUCUACUUGAACUGGAAAAUCGGUAUGGAAAAAAUUUAGAAUCUACACAAGGAAAUAGUGAUGAAAGGUUUUUACUUUCAACAGCAUUGUGCCUCGGAUCGUUAACUAUACGAAAAAAAGAGUUAUUGAAUCAUUCCAAUAUAGAAAAUUACGCUCUUCUGUUAGAGAACGGCUUAUCUAAACCAACGGCUAAUGCUUUUAAGUACUAUAAUGUCGCGAAAAUUCUCGUUUCUGAUCUAUUACUCCGUCCUACAAUCGAUGGAUUUUGCAGCCUCGUUUUAAUGGCAAACUUCAUUACUAUAAUGAUAUCUUUAGAGGACCAACUAUCUUUGAGCAAAAAUUUUUUGCAGCUUGCUGUUGUUUUGAACCUAAAUAACAGUGAAAAAUGCGAGGAGUUCCUUGAAUCGAAAGGUUACGGAAUUGAUGUAAUCCUACUAUUUUGGAACCUGUGGUGUUCUUCUUGCAUGCUAGCAACGAUUCAUGGAAGAAGUCCCUUUAUCACUUUACAAAAUAUUACUACACCUUUGCCUUAUGAACUACAUUCUGGUAAUGAGAAUAGUGCGCUUUCACUUGAUUUUACGCAACAUAGAAUCAAGCUGGCUGAGAUGCAGGGAAUGGUUUUUCAACAGUUAUAUACCUCCAAUACAAUAAACGAGCUUCAGUUCAUAAACUUGGAGAGAGAGUUUGAGCAAGUUUCAAUUCAGGUUACUCGGUUGAAAGGUUCUUCAAUAUUCAAAGAGCAUCUUUUCUACAGAAGUAGAGUUUUGAUGUUAGAGCUCUCCUGCUCAAGAGCUCAGACUUCUUUUCUAUUAUAUCGUCCAUAUCUAAUCAGUGGAAAAUCUGUACAAGCGGUAACCAUGGAAAAGUCAAUAAUUCACGAAAUAUGGAGCUAUUAUACAAAAAAAUUCUCUAACAAUGAGAAAGAAAGGCGAAAACAUUUAGAUUGGAAUUUUUGUUAUCCUAUAAGAACCGCAUCGUUAACCCUGUGUGUUUCAUGUAUUAUACUUCUAAAAUACAAGCAAGUUAUGCGGUUCCAUGGAGAUAUUGAACAAUUUGAGUAUGCAUUAGCAUUAGAAAUAUUGCAAGAUUUAGUUCAGAUACUUCCAAUUGAGCGAAAGCUUUUGGAUUUAGUGAAAGCUCCCGUUAAUUCUCAAUGGCCGAGUGAUGAUAAUUUUGUAAAUUUUUGGGCUCUUAAGCUCAAUGAAAAAUCACCUUAG